UGAGAGUCCGGGAGACACUUCCAUCUGCCCUCCAUCCUCCAGGACAACCUCUACCACUGAGACCAGAAUGCCUUUCGGAGGAGGAAACAAGUGCGGCCGCUGCCAGAAGACGGUCUACUUCGCCGAGGACGUCCAGUGUGAGGGCCAGAGCUGGCACAAGUCCUGCUUCCAGUGCAUGGUGUGCAAAAAGAGCCUGGACAGCACAACGGUGGCCGUCCAUGUGGACGAGAUCUACUGCAAGUCCUGCUACGGCAAGAAGUACGGGCCAAAAGGCUACGGGUUCGGGGGCGGAGCCGGGACCCUGAGCACGGACCGCGGGGAGCACCUCGGGAUCAAGCACGAAGCCCCAGCUGCCCACCAGCCCACCAACAACCCCAACGACUCCAAGUUUGCCCAGAACCUGCCGGGCUCUGACGUGUGUCCGCGCUGCAGCAAGACGGUCUACGCCGCCGAGAAGGUCAUCGCGGGGGGCAACUCCUGGCAUAAAGCCUGCUUCCGCUGUGCCAAAUGUGGCAAGGGGCUGGAGUCCACCACCGUGGCCGACAAAGAUGGAGAGAUCUACUGCAAAGCAUGCUACGGGAAGAACUUUGGCCCCAAGGGAUUUGGGUUCGGCCAGGGGGCCGGUGCUCUGGCGUACGCCCAGUGAAGAGGCGUCGGCCCCCAGCACCCCAGCACCCCAGCACCCCAGCACCCCAGCACCCAGCACCCAGCACCCAGCACCCAGCACCCCAGCACCCUCUACGGGGAGCCCUCUGCCGCUAGCUGCAGCUCCCUCGGUCCGUUGCCGUGGACGGGAGCGUAGGACCCCCAGGAGUGACGGCACCCAGCUGUUGGUAUCGUGGGCUCUGAGCUUAACGCGCGAACCGCUUGACAGUUUGAGCCUCACUCCCAGACAUACGCUCUGCAUUUUUCCUUCUCUUUUUGCUCUUGGGAUAAAAAAUGAAGGUGUAAUAAUUUCAAAUAAAAAAAAAGAUUAAUUUGAGCAGCAAUAAACUUCACACAAAAGCUACACUAAUGUUAGAUGUGUAUUUUUCCUUUUCUUUGAAACGUGGCUCCGGUCUAAGGGAGAUGGAUGUUAUUUCCGUGGCUGUGCGGUCAUGUCUACUAGGUACGCUACUCCUCGAUGACAUCAUCUAAACAUCUCUCACCUAACGUCUCGCUUUUAACAAAUACGGCCAGCUUUGGAAGCCGGCCAGCGGGGUCUGCUGGAAGGCAGUUGUGUGUUUGGCUGUGGACGAACCAUUGUGUGGAAGUCGCAUCAACAACAAAAGCUCAAAAUAGGGCCUCAUGGAAUAAACAACGCAUAUCCAAGUCUUCUUCUGAUUACUUCAAACCACUUCAAACUUGCCUGAACACUCUGCUCAAUUGUGUGGCUUUAUAGCAACAAAGAAGCAACAAGAGGUGUACUCUAUGUUCACAUAAACAAUAUCAUAAAUUACGUAGGACAUGUGCGAUAUCUUUAAAUGUAUUCAAUGUCUAUGAACUGUUCCUGGAACUUGUAUCAUAAUUC